CAUAUGUUGAAUGGGAACUGUUUUUUUCUGUGUUUUUUUUCUUAGUCACCCCUUACUGCUAUGUUUUAUUUCUCCCAUAUGAAAAGAGUAAACAAACUAGUCAGCAUGACUAAGAAGAAAGUGAAGAAAGUAAUUUCCCACAUAAGUGAGAAUCUGUAGUGAGAAACAGUUUAACACAAGCGCAACACAAAUUAGAAUCAGUCAAACAUAUGCGCAACACAAGGGAAAAUCCGUCAAACACAAGGCAACACAAGUGAGAAUCCGCGUCGAACACAAGCGCAGCACAAGUGAGAAUCCGUCAAUUACAAACCAAGGCGCAAGAAAAUCAAGCAGUUGUUUAUAAGACGACAAGGGUAGUCGGUGAGCGGUAUUCGCGUGGUCCUCUUCCUAGCUCUUCCUAGCCCUAACCCAGUUGCGCUAACCCUAACGCAGUUGCGAAAUCACUAACCCAGUUGCGCUAACCCUAACGCAGUUGCGAAAUCACUAACCCAGUUGCGCUAGCAGUAACCUAGUUGCGCUAACCCUAACCCAGUUGCGCUAACCCUUGCCCAGUUGCUCUAGCAGCUACCCAGUUGCGCUAGCAGUAACCCAGUUGCGCUAAACCUUUCCCAGUUGCGCUAGCCCUAGUCCCGUUCUCGGCCUCUUAACAUUGUGUUCUCUGGUGCUUCCGCUAGAACAGGUGUUACUAAGAUGUCCAAGAAAGAUAGUAAGACGGCUACAAAACCUUUGAUUUUGAUGCUGAUAGAAGCUAGAGCAAUCAAAUAAGUAUCAAAUAUCAAAUAUUUAUCUGCUUACAGUUUUUUUUAUUAAUACCAGUACUAAUAUUGUAGACGCGUCGAUCUAGCCCAAAGCGGUGUAAACAAUCUGCUCAAAUAAUCAACUCGGCGGCGUAUUGGUAAUACCAUUUUAAUCAAACGAUAUGUUACAAUCGCAUACUUCUUUUUUUAAUUUAAAUAUCGAGAUAAGAUUUAACUCGGAAGGACAUAGUUACACUACACAAAAAGAACUCCAGGAAGAUCAUGGAGCCGGAACUUGUAACAGAAGAAGAGCGUGCUCGCAAAGUGCUCGCAACACGGGAUCGUAUGUCGAUUGUCGUCGAGUCGAUCAUCGCAACCCUGGUCGUGUUCGUUGCAUUGACCGGUGGGUGUCAAAAUUCAAACUACGGAUAAAAUAUUAGUGUCAUAGAUACAAGUGGUACAGUAAUCCAUCGAUUUCAUUUGUACAUUUUGGCAUCUUGGUAGUAAAAAAGCAAAGAGGAUCGGAAACAGAGAGUUAAAAAUCGCUGUUGCUUCUACCCCAUUUUCCCUAAGCUAAUUGUGCUAAUCUUUUUAAGGCUAAGUUUAUCGUCGUCAAUUAAUUUAUAUUUCUAUCAUAUUGAGUUCUGCAAAAGGAAGUAAAACGUCAGCCUAGCGAAGUUUUCUCUUUUCUUUCCAUAGGUAAUUGUCUUGUGUGUAUCGCCGUGUGUCGUUGUCCUCGCCUGCGCACAAUAUCCAAUGCUUUCAUCGGAUCUCUCGCCAUGGCUGACUUCCUUAUUGCCGUUACCGUGGUAACCCCCUCCAUAGCAUUGACAAUCACCAACCGAAUGAUUCUUCCCGAAGCGAUUUGCCAAAGUCAGGCCUAUUUCGCGCUAUCUUUACUCUCCGUCUCUCUCCUCACUAUGUGUUUGACUGCGAUUCAUCGAUACAUGAAGGUAGUCCGACCCCCUCAUCGCGGGCAGAUUCUUGUAACUAAAAGGUCGGUAGCCCUUGCCAUAUCAUCCUCUUGGAUCUUCUCCUUUAUGUUCCCCUCCAUAUACUGGGCGGCUGGUAGGAAAGCUAGGUUCUAUCCCGGCGAGAUGUUGUGCUUUUUUGACCUCUUAGUCGUCAAGACCCCAGGAAUCACUAUGAGUUACGUGAUCAUCUUCGGCAUCAUCAUCUACGGAACUAUCGUUUUCUGCUACGCACAGGUUUAUCGCACAGUAAGGCAGCACAAGCAGCGAUUACGAGCCCGUACAGUACAACCUCAAGGCAUACGGAGGCAAAAUACCCGGUUGAGCGUCGAAGAGCUUCGUGUAACCCGCCUUCUGGUCGCUGUGGUCCUUAGCUACGUGAUAUGUUGGCUUCCAGCGCUAGUGCUAUGGGGCUUCAAGGCUUAUGGUGUGCCCGUCCAUCGUCGGUUGGAGUACUGGGGAUCAACAAUGUCAGCGCUAAGCUCAGUGAUUAACCCCAUUCUGUACGGCGCCUGGAACACGGACUUUAGGGCGGAGUUCAAGAGAAUGCUAUGUCGCGCCGAAAGGACAAGAAUCGCGCCAUUUCUAUAGGCCUAAAAUGGCACCAUUACCAGUUGAAGGGUCGGGAGACUAAACGAGAGUUUAUUUCUAGUCACAAGAGUAUGCUUGAUGCUCGAAAUGAUCUUGAUGCCCAGACGAGCUCCAUACCCAACAGACGGUGCGAAGGAGGAGUUUGUCCGGACAGUUCUACUGAGGGUGUAUAAGCGGACUUUAGAAGCACACUAGCAUACACACAUUGGCACCAGUCGGGCCAAGACGCACAAUU